CAGAGGCGGGGUUUUGUCUUGUUCACAUUCUGCAUAUCAUUUCACUUUAAAAUAAUUACUACUCGCGAGUCCACCAACGACUCUUGUCAAUUUUGCUGGGAAUUUCUGUGGGGACUGUAGUGUUUCAAAUUUAAUACUACACAUUAUCUAAGGAUAUGGGUUUGGCUGAUGCAAUUGAAAGGCUUAAGAACAUCGUCUACUCGAAGUCCUCUAAGGAUCGUUCAGAAUUCGGCAGCAACUCCCGGGGUUUUGAAAAUUAUGAUCCCACGAGAUUUUAUUAUAUGGAUUGUGGUGAUAAUGGAUCGUAUGUCGACGUCGAGUGUAUCGCUACUGAAGAGUUUAUUCGCGUUUAUGGUGUGGACUUCGACAUGCAAUGUUCUGAUUUCCUCGUUCGACUUUGUUCAUUAUGUGGCUUAGAAGCAGUGGAUUACACUUUCUUAGUUCCUUGUGAGGGCCUUUCUGGAGUUUCAGGCAUCUUUUGGCUUUCUGCGCCUUCUAGGAGUAGGCUUGGCCAUUGGGUUAAUUCUGAUACAACUCAAACAACGCUACCAUCUAUGGUUAGGCUCAUUGCUAAAUGCUGUUUCAAGAAGUCUGCUAAGCUUUAUCAGUAUCCAUUCCUUGACACGAAGUUCAAAUACCCUAUUACACUCCUAAAAACGGGGAGAGAAUUUUUAAAAGAACUGGGACAUCGGAUUACUGUGCAUUUACCAGAAGACUGCACAAUUGUCGUUCGUGGACAUUUGGAUCAACCUAUUAGUAAAGUACUUCAAAAAGUGUCUUCGGAGCGUCAUGUUCAAUUAAGCAACUACUACAUUACUGAUCCACAAAAGGGAACGAUUUUAGAUCCAAAAGAUACAUUCUUAAAUCAAAAUGCAGACCAAAUUGAACUUAAAGAACGAAAAGUUAAAUCUAGCAAGAACUCAAAGUCACACAAAAAGAGUCAAAAUGAUGACUCUCUGAUAUCUAAUUUGGAAGUGGAAAUCUCUACUGAAAGUAAGCAUAAAAGGCGUCCAGCACCAAGUGUACCUGCUAAACAACAAAUAAUUCAUCGACAUUUAUCACCUUUUGCCGAUGUACCUGACAAGGUACAGUCUUCUAGCUGUGUAACACUACCAAGUAAGGAAAAUGAUAAUAAAAAAUUGGACGAUAAACGAAAUUCAGUUGUUGGAUCUCAGGCAAAUAGGGACUCAAUUAGUAACUGCUCUCAAGAAUUAAGGAGUAAAUCAUUUAUUGUGAAAGAUAAAUCAAAUUCACACAAGCGUAAAUCGUCUACCAUGGUGAAUUCAAAUACAAAGAAGGAAUCCGAGAAAAAAUAUCGUUCUCCUGCACCACCGCCACCACCACCACCACCACAAAUACUUCCAAGUCUCAAUAAACCUGUUAAUGGUAAUGAUCCAAACAUGCCCAAGUCAACACAUAAAGACUCUCGUAAAUCUGAUUCGCACUUGCUUAAAACGGAUAGUCGCCUAGAUGAUGAAUUCAUAAAAGAAGGCCGCAAAUCAAAUAAAGUCUCAGCGCCCAAAAAUCAUUCUCAAGAAAUAGUUACAAAGCCAAGUGUUGUCGAUGUUGUGAACAAUCAAUCAAAUUCUCAUGAGUGUAAACCAUCUACCACAAUGACGUCCAUUACAAAGAAGGAAUCUGUGAAAGAAUGUCGUUCUGCAAUACCACCGCCACCGCCACCUCCCUCACCACCAGCUCCAUCGUCUUUACAACGGAACUCCACUGUGCGUGCUAAUUAUUCGGAUCCAUCACUUAAAGAUUCAGAUUCAGGAGUGGAACCUACCAAAAGAUUAUCAUCAACAAUUUCAACUAAUCCUAAAAAUAACUUACAAUCUCCUAGUGUAGAAAUGCUUACAGAAUUGACAAAUGCUUUCAAAUCUUUAAGAAAAACUAACAGUAUAAUGGAUGGUGAAAAUGUAGAUUUUUCAAAAAAACUUCCGGUAAAUCGAGGUAAACUUAUUUCAGCUAUUCGACAAAAUCCACCUGAUAAUUCAAAUAAUGCACAUGAUAAAUCGAACAAUGUAAUGCCAUCGGUUAUAGAAUCCGAUGAUUGUUGUUCUGUGGACACAUCGUCGUAAUUAUCAUCGAAUGCUUUGAAACCUUAACCUAAAUGGUAAUAAUAAAUUCCAAGUAAUGUCAAUCAAUGUGAAAAAGUCAUAAAGGUCUUUCAUAAAGAUCGAAUAUUCUGUUGGAUCUUCAAAUUCAUUUAAUUUUGUUUUCCUUACUUACACACAUAUAUACACACACACAUUUAUAAACACAUUUGUUUUAAUUUAAUAUGAUGGUUUCUUUGUGUUUGUUUCGAAUCAAAUAAGAAAAAAAAUACUCCUAAUCUAAUGUAACAUAAUCCACUUAUUCUGUUAUUGUUAUCAUUUAUUAUCCUUUAAAUUGUCAAAAAUCUUCAGUUAUAUUUAUGAUUGAAUAAUAACUCAUUUUGUUGCUUGCUUAUAUACUAUGUCAAUGACUUAUGAAAAUUACAUUUUAUCAUGUUUGAUAUUUUUUACUAGUUUCUCAAGUUUGUUUGUUUUUUAAUCAUGUACACUUAUCUAAUCUCUUUUUUUUUCAAAUCAACCGUCAUUUCGAUUGAAGUAUCAACCUUUCAGGUAUACUUUACAUAGAUAAAAAUGUUUACAUGAUUUUAAUGAAUCCUUUCGAUGAACAAUUUCGACUUAUUGUUUUGAAAUGAUAAACUAGUUUUAAUAUCCAAAUAUAAUAUUGUGAUUA